GCCUUCAUCUCUGCGCUUGGCCAUCAUCUCUGCACUUGGCCUUCAUCUCUGCGCUUGGCCUUCCCUCUCCAACCCGACCGAUAUCCUGUGUCCCCCUCCCAUGGCUGGAUCAAGCGGGUCAUUCAAGACGCCGUCAGGCACGGCCUCGGGCACUCUCGGCGCAUAUCGCUCGCAGUUGGCCGGCAUGGAUGCAUACUCGCGACACAAGAAGCUGAUGUCGGACUACCUACUGUUUUACGGCGAUCGCGGAGCCAAAGUGCUGAAUGAAGCCAAGGCGAUGCAGUCCCGGGGAAUCACCGAGCUCGAUGUGCUGAAAGCCCACCACCGGUUCCUCCGAUCCGAGAAUGACGAUGCAGAGGGCACUUGGGAGUCCAGAGUCGCCAAGAAAUACUACGACAAGCUCUUCAAGGAGUAUUGCAUCGCCAACCUGACCAAGUACAAGGAAGGUCGUAUAGCCAUGCGAUGGCGGACGGAGAAGGAAGUCGUCGUCGGCAAGGGACAAUUUGUCUGCGGCAACAUGCACUGCAACGAGCAGACAGAUCUGCGCUCGUGGGAGGUCAACUUUGGCUACAUCGAGACCGGCGAGAAGAAGAAUGCUCUGGUCAAGCUGCGACUCUGCCUUCCGUGCUCGUAUCGCUUGAACUACCGAAAAAUCAAAGCCCGCAAGGCCGAGGAACGGGAGCAGAGGAAGCGGCGGAGAAGAGAACGCAGGACUCGGCGCAAGCGGAUCAAACAGGACCAGUCGUCUGAUGAGCCGGGCGAAGCACUGUCGAAUGGGCCAGACAGCAGCCGGCCGGAGCAGCGCAACGAAGAGUCCCAUAGCCGCAUUAGAAGCCAGGCAAGCAACCUGUCCCCUUCGGCCAACGACCACAGUGCUUCUGAUGACGAUGAGAAUGAAGAUGAGGGCGAAGAUGAAGAUGAGGACGAAGACGAAGAUGAGGACGAAGAUGAAGAUGAGGACGAGCGCAACGACCUUGAUGUCGACGACUUGCACCCCAGCGAAGAUACCAAGCAGAGACUAAGAGAAGCCAUUGAUCAUUUCCAGGAAGGCACCAAAUCCGCCAUGACGUCUGCGACGGAGACCCACGAAAGCAGUGCCGAGACGCCGUCCGAAUACGACCAUCUGUUUUCCGAGUUUGGUCUCUUUGAGUGAUCGCCGCCCCGGCCGAUGGCAGAAUACCACACGAGAGACGUGUCCAUGUAUCCAUGUAUCCAUGUGUCCAAGUGUCCAAGUGUCCAUGUGUCCAAGUGUCCAUGUGUCCAUGUGUCCGCCGGGCAAUAGAAUCGUUGCUAUUCCUGCAUCGUUUCAUGCGCCGAGAGCAUCGGUCCCAAGACCCAU